CACGACAUCUGCCGACAAUUGGUCUUUUACUUCACAUGGUCCAAGAUGGCAGAAGCAAUGAGAGCGACUGUUGGUUCCUUAUUGAAAGGAAUUGACAGGUAUAACCCUGAAAAUCUGGCAACACUAGAGCGGUAUGUGGAUAUGCAGGCAAGAGAAAACACAUAUGAUGUGGAGGCCAAUCUGGCUGUACUGAAACUGUACCAGUUUAACCCAGGAUACUACCAGACUGAGAUGACAGCUUUGAUCCUCCUGAAGGCUCUCACCAACCUCCCUCACACAGACUUCAUGUUGUGCAAGUGUCUCAUAGAUACAGCCAGACUCGAAGAAGAACCAAUCAGCAGAAUUGUUCAGCUUGCAUUCUUGUUGGAAACCUGUCAGUUCAAAGAUUUCUGGGAGAAUCUGAGAACAGAUCCAGAUAUCAUUGCUGGUAUCGUGGGUUUUGGAGAUUGUGUCAGAAAAUAUGUGUGCCAUGUGGUGAGUGCGACGUACCAGACCAUCCCCCACUCGCUGCUACAGGAGCUCCUAGGAGGAAUCUCAGAAUUUGAGGUGAAUCAGUGGAUCACCAAGUAUGGAUGGGUGCCACAGGAUGGGAAUGUCAUAUUUAUCAUGAAUCAAGAUGACAGCAUCAAAACCAAGAACAUCACAGAGAAAAUCACCUUUGACAGUGUUGCUGCCAUCAUGGCCAGUGCUUUAUGAUGCAUCUUCAGCUGAUUCUGCCAUCUCAUUUAUACCUGUACACAUUCUGUAUUUACCAAACAUAAUAAAAUACUUGAAGGUA